GACAAAGAUACUCAGAGAGAAAAAGUAAAGGACCGGAGGAGACUGGAGAGACCGGGCUCCUUCCAGCUGAACAAAAUCAGCCACAAAGCAGACUAGCCAGCCAGCUACAACUGGAGUCAGAGUCCCAAAGACAUGGGCUUGUUAGAGUGCUGUGCAAGAUGUCUGGUAGGGGCCCCCUUUGCUUCCCUGGUGGCCACUGGAUUGUGUUUCUUUGGGGUGGCCCUGUUCUGUGGCUGCGGACAUGAAGCACUUACUGGCACAGAAAAACUAAUUGAGACCUACUUCUCCAAAAAUUACCAGGAUUAUGAGUAUCUCAUCAAUGUGAUCCAUGCCUUCCAGUAUGUCAUCUAUGGAACUGCCUCUUUCUUCUUCCUUUAUGGGGCCCUCCUGCUGGCUGAGGGUUUCUACACCACCGGCGCAGUCAGGCAGAUCUUUGGCGACUACAAGACUACCAUCUGCGGCAAGGGCCUGAGUGCAACGGUAACAGGGGGCCAGAAGGGGAGGGGUUCCAGAGGCCAACAUCAAGCUCAGUCUUUGGAGCGGGUGUGUCAUUGUUUGGGAAAAUGGCUAGGACAUCCCGACAAGUUUGUGGGCAUCACCUAUGCCCUGACUGUUGUGUGGCUCCUGGUAUUUGCCUGCUCUGCUGUGCCUGUGUACAUUUACUUCAACACUUGGACAACCUGUCAGUCUAUUGCCUUCCCCAGCAAGACUUCUGCCAGCAUAGGCAGUCUCUGUGCUGAUGCCAGAAUGUACGGUGUUCUCCCAUGGAACGCUUUCCCUGGCAAGGUGUGUGGCUCCAACCUUCUGUCCAUCUGCAAAACAGCUGAGUUCCAAAUGACCUUCCACCUGUUUAUUGCUGCAUUUGUGGGGGCUGCAGCCACACUGGUUUCUCUGCUCACCUUCAUGAUUGCUGCCACUUACAACUUUGCCGUCCUCAAACUCAUGGGCCGUGGCACCAAGUUCUGAUCUCUUGUAGAAACCUCCCUUUCUCUAACAGCGAGGCUCUAACCACACAGCCUACGAUGCCGUGUCUCUCAUCUUAACUCUUUGCCUUCGCCACUGACUGGCCCUCUUCUUACUUGACGAGUGUAACAAGAAAGGAGAGUCUUGCAGUAAUUGCCGUUUCUCUGUGGACUCUCCCCUCUUAUGUACCUCUCUUAGUCUUUGUGCUUCACAGCUGGUUCCUGCUGGGAAUGGGAAAUGUCUGAGAAGAUGACUCCCCAGCUGCAAGUCCGGAAGAAAUGGAGGCUUUAAUUGAAUGUUCAAGCAUCUUUUAAGGACCAGGAAGUGUUUUCUUCUCACAGGGUACUUCCACUGAUGGAAAACUAAGUGAACAGAAAGAUGCUCAGGUAGAGGGAAGGAAAUUACUUGGUCUCCUUGCCAUCUGUAGGAGCCAAGUAGACUCUCCUUGGUGUGCAAGACAGAGAUCUCAGUCUUGUUUCUGUAGUAGCACUGAAGCUAGAAGAAAAAAGAAUAGCAGCUAUGCCUUGAGAGCAUUUGCCCAAAUCUGCCUACUGCAGCUGGGAGAAGGGAGUCAGAGCAAGGAUCUUUCACUCACAGAAAGCGAGCACUGACCCUGAUGGUGACGGACUACUGUUUAAGCUCUAACUUAGCCAACCCUAAUUACAGCACAUGAGAGCAUAGCAUCUGUGUAGACAGAGGGGGCGCCUAGCCUUGCACCUUGUUAGGGAAGACACAGGAUGUUGCCAGUAUCUUCUCACUCCUCCUUUCCCUCAUUACAGCUACCAUGACAACCCUGGGGUUUCCAGGGAGCUGAAAAUAGAGGGAAACUAGCUUCUAGGAAAAGGACCGGCCUAAAGAGCAAUAGUUGCUGCUGGUUAACAGUGUAACCUAAGAGGGCCCUCUGGUAGACACAGGAUGGACUCUUUGGAUAGUGUGUUAUUAUCAUCAUUAUGUUUUUUUCAGUUAACUGUGUUUUCUGGCCUCUGUUCUAUCUUCGCAAUGGUGCUCUUUUCAUGGGGUAUUGUCAAUUAUGUAGGUGAUCUACAGAUCUUGAUUUGUUUCAGAAUGAUGCACAUUUCACUUUUCCCAAUUUGUUUGUCCCCUGUAACACAUUUGGGGUUGUGCCCGAAAGGUCUGACGGAUGGUUCCUUGGUUACAAUUCCUCAACAAAUGAAAAUCAAACACAAAAGUUAUUUAAAAUUGAUGCAUUCUAUGCAUCUAUUGGGAUUUUCUACUAUUGUGCCCUCUGUAGAAACAAAUUUGGCAAAACAAAAUUUGAAUAACUUACUUGAGCAUUCUAGCUAGUGGGAGGUUUAAUUUACAUCUUGUGUAUUGAUGGGUUAGGUUUAUCAUAUAGGUUAUUAUCUUCAGGUAUAAAUCUCAUUACAAAAUGAAUGCAUCACACAUCAGCUAUUUGCAGUUGGUAAGCUUCCAUUGAAAAGGACAAGCAGAAAGAAUUUGAGACCUGAAUCGCUCCCAGAGUUCAGCCUUCUCUUGAUAUUUCUGUUAACUUGGGGUUUAAGAAAGUCUGAGUGGUCUUCGUCAAGGAAAGAUCAUAAGGGUACAACUGUAGCUCUUUUGUUAUCAAAAGCUGUUUUGUUUUUAACCCCCAAUGUCCAAGGAGAUGUAAGAUCAUUACAAAAAGACACUUGGGUAUGUAUAUAUAUAUUUUCAGACCAGUCUAUAAGAUAGGCUUCCAGACUACAUAGAGGGAAUAGAGGGAAAAGAUUCUGUAAGAAACCAAUCAAGAUCAAGAAAAGUGAAGUAACCCACGCCUUGUGUUUUGUUUUGAUUUAAUGACAUAACGAAUAACCAACUCUUCCCUGAAAACCUCACUUGCAUACAUACACACAUAUACACACACAAAAAGAGUUAAUCAACUGAAAGUGUUUCCUUCGUUUCUGAUGUAAAACUUCAAUGUUAACACCCAUAAAUAUAAACUUUUAGAAACUUAUCUUAUAAAAUGUAUUUUAUAAAAUUAAAGAAAAUAAAAUUAAGAAUGUU